UUAUCCGUCAUAGCAUAAACAUAAAUUAAACUGAUUUUCUUAUGCACAUUUAAACACAUAGGUUGUCCGGGUGUGUUCUAUGAUAUUCGCGGCAUCACAGAACUCACCGCCAUAGUCUAUGAAUCCCACUUUUUGCGCAUAUUUCUCCUGUCAGAACCGUAGCCUUCACUGUGUGUUUGAAUUAAGUGUGUCUCUGUGGCGUGAACAUGGCGUGCGCCUUUAAAAGCGUCGCGAAGCCCUCUGAUCGCACAUAGCGCAGCAGUUUUGUAAGGAAUCACUGAAUCAUGGGAACCAAAGUGAUAAUGCGCACUUCUCUGUCUCCACGGCAACCGAAAUACGUUUGCCCGGAUGAAGUCAUUUGUUACGCCGAACGUUGCCAUGGCUACAACCUAGAGAGGGCGCUGCGGAGGAGCCCUUCACGUAAAAUGACGCAGGGCGGGGGCGUGCCCGCGAUGCGCGCUGCACAGGGCUGCUUGUUGUUCCCGCAGAGAGGCGAGAAGAUGGCGGCCGUGUCUAGCGGAGGUGCUGCUGGGUCCGCUGCGGCCGCAAUUGCGCACCCUGGCCGACCGACCCACGCAGGAAUGGGCUCCCAGAACCGGGCCCCGCCGUCCUCCGGGAUCAACCCCAACGGUCGUACCAGCACGGCCGGCGGGUGCAUCACUAAUCCCGGGCACACUUCGGCCGCCAGGCCCCCUCCAGCCCGAGUGGGCCACUACGAAAUCGAGCGGACCAUCGGCAAGGGAAAUUUCGCGGUUGUUAAACUGGCCACGCACAUCAUCACCAAGGCAAAGGUGGCGAUCAAAAUAGUGGACAAGACCCAGCUGGACGACGAGAACCUGAAAAAGAUCUUCAGAGAGGUGCAGAUCAUGAAGUUGCUGAAGCAUCCCCACAUCAUCCGCCUCUACCAGGUGAUGGAGACAGAGAAGAUGAUCUAUCUGGUCACCGAGUACGCCAGUGGUGGAGAGAUAUUCGACCACCUGGUGGCCCACGGGCGCAUGGCGGAGAAGGACGCCAGGAAGAAGUUCAAGCAGAUCGUGGCGGCGGUCCACUUCUGCCACUGCCGCAGCAUCGUCCACAGGGACCUGAAGGCAGAGAAUCUGUUGCUGGACCACAACCUGAACAUUAAAAUCGCAGAUUUUGGCUUCAGCAACAUGUUUUCUCGAGGCCAGCUGCUGAAGACGUGGUGUGGCAGCCCUCCUUAUGCUGCUCCGGAGCUUUUCGAGGGCAAAGAGUACGACGGACCCAAAGUAGACAUAUGGAGCCUCGGCGUGGUGCUAUACGUGCUGGUGUGUGGCGCCUUACCCUUCGACGGCAGCACUCUGCAAAACCUGCGAGCGCGCGUCCUCAGUGGAAAGUUCCGCAUCCCUUUCUUCAUGUCCACAGACUGUGAGUACUUAAUCAGACACAUGUUAGUUCUGGAGCCCAGCAGACGGUUGAGUAUGGAGCAGAUCUGCAAGAACAAGUGGAUGAGACAAGGAGACCCAGACCCAGACUUUGACAGGUUGAUAGCGGAGUGCGAGCAGGUGAAGACGGAGCGAGAGAUCGAGCUCAUCAACGAGCAGGUGCUGAUGACCAUGUCUGAGAUGGAGCUGGACCGAGAACGCACAAUUCAGUCCCUGCAAACGGACGCAUACGAUCACUACAGCGCCAUCUACAGUCUGCUCGCCGAACGCCUCAAGAAACACAAGACGUUGCGCGUGGCACCGCCUCCGCCCCGCUCCAUCAGCUACCCUCUCAACGCCGUUCAGACAGACCAACAAGGUAAUCCCGUUAGCAUGACCGUGCCCCAUGUCCAGCUCAUCAACCCAGAGAACCAAAUCGUAGAGCCUGAUGGCAACAUGGCCCUGGACAGCGACGAAGGGGAGGAGCCGUCUCCGGAGGCCAUGGCUCGCUACCUUUCGAUGAGGCGGCACACUGUGGGGGUACCAGACCAAAGGACGGAGAUGCAGGAGGAACUCCAAAAGCUUCCACCGGGUUUCCCUCGCGGCGUAAUCCCCCAGCCCCCCUUCCCCCAACUCGCCCCCACCAUGGCCCAAAUGCACACGCUCAUGCCCACACAGAGCCUGCAGCCUACACAGCAGCUGGAGUACAAGGAGCAAUCGCUGCUGCAGCCGCCUACCCUGCAGCUGCUCAACGGCAUGGGCCCCCUGGGUCGAAGAGCUUCCGACGGAGGGGCCAACAUCCAGCUACACGCUCAGCUCCUGAAGAGGCCUCGAGGGCCCUCGCCGCUGGUCGCCAGCCCGCAUCCCAAUACCGCUGUAGCUCCAGUGGACGAGGAGGGGUCAGACGGGGAGCCGGACCAGGAGGCAGUGCAGAGGUACCUGGCGAACCGCUCCAAGCGGCACACGACGCACGUGCUCCCAAGCACAUCGCAUGGCGAGCCCUCGACAGAGUCACAGCGGCCCCAGGGCCCCCGCCAGAGGGGCGGCUGGGUGCCUGACACAUACGCCCGAUCCACCUAUAAGGACUGUAACACCCUGCAUCUCCCCAUGGAGCGCUUCUCUCCUGUCAGACGCUUCUCUGACGGCGCCGCUUCCAUCCAGGCCUUCAAGGCUCAUCUGGAGAACAGCAGCCUCAUCAAGCAGCUCAAGCAGGAGUGCGAGCAGCUCCAGAAGAAGUAUGCUGCCCAGCAGGAUGAACGCUUCCUGGAGCACACCCAGCAGCAGCACAUCCUCUACCAGCAAGAGCAACAAAUCCUUCACCAGCAAAUCCAGGUACCAGUCGCUCGCGUUGAAGUUACCAACGAGUUCACAAAACACACCAAGGGAAGCCAAAAGGCCACCUGGAGGGGUAUUUCAAACGCUUUAUCGCUGGCUGAGGUGUGA